AUGGCUCCUUCCGGUCCCUUUUCAGUUACCGUUCAUCCUUUCGAGUCCAAGACUCGAGCCUCUUGCGCAUACGAGAUUGGACUUGCCUCAGCUAAGAAUGCUGUCAUCUUCAUCGGUGGUCUCACAGAUGGUCCUCACACUAUCCCCUACACCCGGCUCCUAGCUCAGCGACUGGAGGAGGCCAAGGAACUUGGUUACUCUGUUUUCGAGAUCCGCAUGCGCAGCUCCUUUAUCGGAUUUGGUAUCUCAAGCCUUUCCAACGAUGUGGAGGACAUCUCCUCUUUGGUCAAGUAUCUUCGAAGCAUCGGCAAGGAGAAGAUUGUCCUGUUUGGUUCUUCCACUGGUUGCCAGGACUGCAUCGAGUACACCAACUAUGCCAAGCACAACAAUGAGCGUGUCGACGGCUUCAUCAUGCAAGGCCCCAUCUCGGAUCGCGAGACACUGGACCUCAUUAUGCCUGAUCCUCAGCCAAGCCUUGAUCUUGCGGCCAAGAUGAUUGCCGAGGGAAAAGAAGGCGACUGUAUGCCUUUUGAUAUGAUUCCCGCCGUCUUGGGGGCACCCAUCUCGGCCUAUCGAUUCCAGUCUCUUGCUGCCCCAGGAGGUGAUGACGAUUACUUCUCGUCCGAUCUUGACGAGGAGAGAGUUGCAGCGAACUGGGCGCGCUUCGAGAAGCCAGUUCUGGUUCUUCACUCUGGAAAUGACGAGUAUGUGCCUGAGCGCGUUGACCAGGCAGCUCGCAACAAGAAGUACCAGGAACUGAACCCAGUAGUAAGCCCCUUGUCGGGGCUUAUUCCUGGCGCAAGUCACACUGUUGACCAGCCUGAGGCUCAGGAAUGGCUUACCAAGCGGGUGAUUGAGUUCCUGGGAACUCUUGCAAAGUAA